GCUGUACUCGACGGCGGUGUGAAUUCCGGCAGAGAGAAGUCAAAGACAGUUUCCUUCCCCUCUAGCCAUGGAGUCGGAUGCUGUGGUCAUGUUGGAAAGGCUGUCAGGAGUUUCAGAGUCUGUCCUAACCUUCUUUAGACCGAAUUCUGGCCUGAGUUGGUCGCUGCCCAAGCAAGGUAGGGGCUAGCCGGCGCCCACCUCCAGCUCGAGUAAGGGUAGCUGUACGACUGCGGCCAUUUAUGGAUGAAGCAACAAAAGCAAACGAACUCCCCUGUGUACGAGGCAUAGACAGCUGCUCUCUUGAGGUGGCCAACUGGAGGAAAUACCAGGAGACACUCAAGUAUCAGUUUGAUGCCUUCUAUGGGGAGAAAAGCACUCAACAGGACAUCUAUGUAGGUUCAGUACAGCCCAUCCUAAGGCACUUGCUGGAAGGGCAGAAUGCCAGUGUGCUCGCCUAUGGGCCUACUGGGGCAGGGAAGACACACACAAUGCUGGGCAGCCCAGAACAGCCUGGAGUGAUUCCCAGGGCUCUCAUGGACCUCUUGCAGCUUACAAGGGAAGAAAGCGCAGAGGGCCGGCCUUGGGACCUUUCUGUCACUAUGUCCUAUUUAGAGAUCUACCAGGAAAAGGUAUUAGACCUCUUGGAUCCUGCAUCAGGAGACCUAGCAAUCCGAGAAGACUGUAGAGGAAACAUCCUGAUUCCUGGCCUCACACAGAAGCCCAUCACUAGCUUCUCUGAGUUUGAGCAACAUUUCCUGCCGGCCAGUAGAAAUCGAGUUGUAGGAGCCACCCGACUUAACCAGCGCUCUUCCCGUAGUCAUGCAGUACUGCUGGUCAAGGUGGAUCAGCGUGAACGCCUGGCUCCAUUUCGCCAGCGGGAAGGAAAACUCUACCUUAUUGAUUUGGCUGGUUCAGAGGACAACCGUCGCACAGGCAACCAGGGCAUUCGGCUCAAAGAGAGUGGAGCCAUCAAUUCCUCCCUCUUUGUACUGGGCAAAGUGGUGGAUGCCUUAAACCAGGGCCUCCCUCGUAUACCAUACCGGGACAGCAAGCUCACUCGCUUAUUGCAGGACUCCCUGGGUGGCUCAGCUCAUAGCAUCAUCAUUGCCAACAUUGCUCCAGAAAGACGUUUUUACCUGGAUACAGUCUCAGCGUUGAACUUCACUGCUAGGUCCAAGGAAGUGAUUAACCGGCCUUUCACUAAUGAGAGUCUACAGCCUCAUGCCUUAGCACCUGUUAAGCUGUCUCAGAAAGAACUGCUAGGCCCGUCAGAGGCAAAGAAAGCCAAAGGCCCUGAAGAAGAAUCUACUCAGAGCCCUGAGUCUACAGCAGCUCCAGCCUCUGCCUCCCAGAAACUAAGUGUCUUACAGAAGCUAAGCAAUAUGGACCCAGCUAUGUUGGAGAACCUCCUUAGCUUGGAUCGUUUGCUGGGCUCCCAGGGGAGCCAAGGGACACCUUUACUGAAUACCCCAAAGCGAGAGCGAAUGGUACUCAUUAAGACAGUGGAGGAAAAAGACUUGGAGAUUGAGAGGCUUAAGAUGAAGCAAAAAGAACUGGAGGCCAAGGUGCUGGCCCAAGAGGCACUGGAUCCAAAGGAGAAAGAGAACAUGCAUCUCCAGCCCCUUCCCUCUUGUACAGGCACAGUGGCAAAGCCCCUGAAAAAGGCUGUGGUGAUGCCCCUGCAACUGAUUCAGAAGCAGACAGAGUCAAAGAUCCAUAUCCUGAAGAGAGGCCACAAAAGAAAGUCGGAGCCAUCACAUGUGUCCGAGCCUGUGGAAAAAGCUGAGGAUUGCUGGGAGCUACAGAUUAGCCCAGAGUUACUGGCACAUGGGCGCAAAAAAUUAUUGGAUUUGCUGAAUGAAGGCUCAGCUCGGGAUCUGCGCAGCCUGCAGCGCAUUGGCCAGAAGAAGGCCCAGCUCAUCAUGGGCUGGAGGGAGCUCCAUGGUCCCUUCGACAAGGUGGAGGACUUGGAACAGGUGGAAGGCAUCUCUGGAAAGCAGGUGGAGUCUUUCCUGAAGGCGAACCUCUUGAGCUUGGCUGCCGACCAGCACUCUGGUCCCUCCUGACUACCAGCUCUUAACACUACCAUUUUCUUUUAAAAAUCCUUGUAGAAUGAUGUUUGUGUAAAUACAGUUUUUAUUUCA